AAACAGAAUGCUAUGUAUCGGUAUCGUUGCAUUUUUGAAUGAUAAAUAUUUAGAGUUAUUCCUUUUGAUAGUAAAUAUCCAAAGAUGGGGUCUUUAAUGGCAUGGAUCUUUCCCUUUAAAAAAUAUAUCCGAACAUACCCUAAAAGCAGAGCCGUCUGCGUUGCCGCUAACAAGGCCGCCGCCGAUGGACGCCUUCGUCGCCGGUUCGCGCGGCCGCCCAGCCCUCAGCUUCCUUUGCCCUAAGAUAUCGCUAUUCUCCCCGCCCUCGCACUCCUGGUUCCGCUGGCUCGUCGGUGCGCCUCGCGUUCUCCCUCCCUUCACCGUCGCUGCUGUCUUACGUCCCAUUCACGGCGACCAUGACGCCAUUGAUCUUCCCAGGGAAGCAGACGAAAUCCGGGGGUUGCUGCCACGCGGUUUCGACAUCAUAGGGGUGCUGCUCGUGGGGGGAGAGGGUUCUGAUGCGGACGUCACUCGCGCACUGGAGCAGGCUCGGGCGCUGAGGGAGCUGCUGUUUGGUGUGGCAGCGAGCCAUGGCUUGGUAGGAGGCCACAUGGAUGCAGCCACUGGGGAGAUUCGAUUUGUUGUAUCUGAGAGUGGAUGGACGAACUCGGUGGAAGGAUCUGUGGUUACAUGGGAGGAUGAGCCCGGGAGGUUGUUGUGGGAGAAGGGAUGCCUCCUGCGCUGCGAACUGCUGCUGAAGCUUCCACUCUAUCUUAGGCCUGACGUGAAUUCUGGCAUCGAAGGACAGUUUUCUUCACUUAUUGAAUCUACAGUUGCUAAACUCAGAGAUCCUCAUGUAUAUUAUUUAGUUGAGGGGCCAAUUACAUCUAGUCAAUCACAUCGUUCUAUUAUCUUGCGUGGCGAUGAUUUAAGCUUUGAUUCACAUACACAUGGAAACUCAAGAACAGACAGUUGUACCACAAGUAUUGUAACUUGUUCAGAAUUCUUCACAGAAAAGAGGUAUGACCUCUCAUUGACAAGAGAGACUGCAGAUGCAAUUGCAAUAACUGUCAACCAAUCAGCGCCUAGCUUGAAGCCUGGCGGUACCCCUGUGGUAGAGUAUUUUCCUGCCUCAGCACCUGCCAGCCUCAUAGUAAUCACCUUGAAGCUUGACAUACUAUGCUACUCAUCAAUAGACUUUCCAGUGGCGGCUGCUGUAUCUGAACUUGUUAUUCCAGGAUUAGCAGAUCAGAUGAUUGUAAUGAAGAGAAUUAUUGCUUCAGAGAUAACUCAACAAGCACAGCUUCAACCAUUCCAUUUUAUUCCUUCUGGUUGGCAUGUUCCAGUAACAGCUAUAUACAAUACAAGAUAUGGUGAGACUGAGGAGAGGCAAAGUGAGCUGCGAAAAGAACUGCAUUUAAGGCUAGGACUUCCCUUAGAUCGGCCUUUGUUGCGAAUUUCUAAUGCAUUGACUUUCGGUGGCAUGGGAAGGAGGAAGAAAAGCAUGCCAAGAAGUGGUUCUUCGCUGCUUCGAGACAUCCACAGAGAACUUCCAUCUAGUGGUGUAUCCGGAGGUGUUAUGUCUUUGAUUGAUGGUUCAUAUGAGUAUUAUCAUUAUCUUCACGAUGGUAUUGAUGACAAUGGAUGGGGAUGCGCAUAUCGGUCUCUACAAACAAUUGUCUCUUGGUACAGAUUGCAACAAUAUUCAUCAAUAGAUGUUCCUUCUCACAGGGAGAUUCAGCAAGUUCUUGUUGAAAUUGGUGACAAGGAUCCAUCAUUUAUUGGAUCUUGUGAGUGGAUCGGAGCCAUUGAGUUAAGCUUUGUCCUCGACAAACUGCUGGGCGUGAGUUGUAAGGUUAUCAAUGUGAGGUCUGGCGAUGAGCUUCCUGAAAAGUGCAGAGAACUUGCCAGGCAUUUUGAAACCCAGGGAACUCCUGUGAUGAUUGGUGGUGGAGUCUUGGCUUACACCCUUUUGGGAGUUGAUUAUAACGGAGCCAGUGGAGACUGUGCAUUUCUUAUCCUUGAUCCGCACUACACUGGUACUGACGAUCUCAAAAAGAUUGUAAAUGGCGGAUGGUGCGGAUGGAAGAAGUCUGUCGACAGCAAAGGCCGAAGCUUCUUCUUGAAAGACAAGUUCUACAACCUUCUACUACCCCAAAGGCCAAACAUGGUGUGAAACCUAUAUUGUUCAAUAUGUUAAUAGUGCAGACGUGCAGGUUCACGAGGCACAGAUAUUUAUGCUUGUGAUAGAGGUUUAUGGUUGCGAUAGCAGAAGUUAUGAUUUGUAAAAAAAAUUUAGUGAGACAUUAUAUUGUUUUUUUAAUAAAUUUGUAGUGAGUAAAUUAAAUUAAAUUAACGAAUGAGAGUUUUACAGGCA